ACAAAAACAAAUAAAACCUCGUUCACAAAUCAGAUUUGGCGAAACUAGGUUAAGAUUGUUGGUCGCAUCGCAGUGUUUUUUAAGAGAAAGCGAAAAAUUUGAAAGCAACUUACAAUGGCAAAACGAGAGCUUUCAAGCGUUUUGAAGAACUUGAAGUUCAUGCAAAGAGCAGCUGCAAGAGAAGAGAAAGUUGAGAAAGUAGAAGAAGAGGUCAAGCAUGAUGUUAGUUUCGGUUCAACCCCAACAAUUUCUAGAAAAUGUGUGGUCAUAGUGGAAGGUGAUCCCCAUCCUGGAGCAUUUAAAGGUCGAAUGUCAUUUCAAAGUUUUAAUCCAACUGUUGAUAAAUUAAAUGAGGAAGAAGUAAAACUUAGUCAGCCCGUAGCCAAAACUAGCAUUUCUAGUAAUCAAAAUGCAAAUGUGUCUGUUAGAGAAAAUAACUCUUCAGCAGAAGGUUCAGAAAGUGCUAGCGUGAACAAAAAGAGUUACGAGGUUAAUGGAAAUGGUAAAAGGAAACAGUGUGAAGAUAAUGAAGCACAAUAUCCUAACAAAUCACCAAACAAUGAUCAAGGGAACAAAAAAUCAUCGUCGAACAAUGGUUUGGGAUCUUUCAAAAAACCGUCUGGAGAUAAGCUAGACUGGAAUGUUCUUAGAUCAUCUAGUGUCAGGCAAAAUAGAUGAGUUUAUUGAUUAAUGUAUUUCAUACACAAAUUAAGCUAGCUUUGGUUUUGUUUCUGGCCCUGAGCUUUUAGCUUUUAUGUGUCUGUAUCUGUGGUUCUAUUAGGCUGUUUUCUGUGAGAUUUGACUUCUCUAAAGUGAGGAGUGUAAUUUUAAAGGUAAAGUGUAAGGUUUGAAGCAUUUCUUUUUCGACAUCUAAGGGUUGAAACAUUCAUUUCAAAUGAUAUUCUGAAGAAGAAAAAAACUACAUAUGUAUGACAAACUAUCGAGAUGUGAAAUUUCAAUUCAAUAACUUCGCAAUCAA